AUGUCUCGGCAAAACUCCCUCCCUGCGCAGGUGGACAGUGACGGCGACACAGUCAUGACGGACGACAACGAUGACUGUGAUGAAUACGACUAUCCAGCUAUCCCGGGCCCUCCACCAUCACCACAGCGCGAGUCUUCCUUAGCGGACGACACCGGGGUAUCGAGACGGGUGCAAACACCGCAGUCUCUGAGAGACAGCGCUCUCCCGAACGCUCAACGUCGCUGGCCGAUAGGUACAGUUGCAUCAGGUUCUGCACCACGGGCCAGGUCUCCUCCUCAGCUUUCUUUUCGCCUGAGGGAUCCGCUAUUACCAUCACGUCCUCCUCCUCCUCCUCCUCAGCCUUCUUUUCGCCUGAGGGAUCCGCUAUUACCAUCACGUCCUCCUCCUCCUCCUCCUCCUCCUCCUCCUCCUCCUCCUCCUCCUCCUCAGCCUUCUUUUCGCCCGAGGGAUCCGCUAUUACCACCACGUCCUCCUCCUCCUCCUCCUCCUCCUCCUCCUCCUCCUCCUCUACCACCACCACCACCACAACACCAUCAGCAGCAACUGGUCCAAGUCGGCACCCUCUCUGACCCUAACCAGUCGACUGAGGUGGAUAGAGCCAGAGCCGUUGCUGCCGUCGUUCAAACCCUCUCAUUCUGGGAUGAAGAAGACGAGCGCAGAGAAUCUCACCUGUUGCAAACGAUCCGACAAGAUGCAAACAUCGCUGCCCACCACAUUGAGUUCGCUCCCUUUCCUGGGCCCGGCGCCGGAGCGUCUGCCAAUGCCAAUCCCGAUGCCAGCGGUGGCAGAUACCCUUGCGUCGCCUGCAUGGACCAGUUGCCCAGGGACUCCAUCUUCACUGUGGCAUGCGGAUGCCGGUACUGCGUCGGCUGCCUAAACGCCGCUUUCCGUGCCGGUUGCGCGAGUCGGGCGUCCUUCCCGCCCCGGUGCUGCGGGACGCCGCUGCGCAUCUCAACGUGGGGAUUGAUGCUUGACGCCGAAGUGAUCGCGCGGUACAAGGAGGUCGAGGCAGAGUACAGCGCCACUCGGCCGCUGUACUGUGGCGCGGCGGCGUGCUCUGCGUUCUUGCCUGACGGGCACCACGACAGGGUCAUGGAGACGGCCACGUGUCUCGUGUGCGCGCGUCUCACGUGCACACAGUGUCGGCGCCUCAUGGACGAGCACGAGCACGGUCGUGGCCCCACCGGGCUUUUCGACGUUGGACAAUCCCGCGUCUGCCCUGGUGCGAGCGACGGCGAGGCCGCGCUGUUCAGGCUAGGGUCGAGGAAUGGAUGGGCCCGGUGCCCUGCGUGUCGUACCAUGGUCGAGCGCGUCGAUGGGUGCGACCAUAUGGAGUGUGUGUGUGGCAUCGAGUUUUGCUAUGCCUGUGGCAAUUUCUUCGACAAGGAUGACUUGUGCGACUGUGCGUCUGUGAGCGAGGGCGACCGGGAACAUGUGGACGACGAUGGGAGCGAGGAGGACUCCGAGGCGGAGACGGAUGAAGAAGAUGAGGACGGAGAGGACACUGGUGAAGAUGAAGACGACGGAGACUCCAGUGAGGAUGAAGACGAGGAGGACACCGAUGAGAAUGAGGACGAGGAGGAGCUUGAGGAUGCGGCUGGGAGUAUCGUUUGGCCGAUGCACCGCCUUGCCAUGGGCACCGGCCAUGGAGAUGGCUGCUCGCAUCCCGACACGUACGACAUGGACGACGUCUUGACUUGCCAUGGUUGUCUCCUGCCAAAGAACCUCCACUGGUGUAGCAGAUGUGGGCUCGAGUUGUGCGGAGAGUGUCUCGAACAUGUGAGAUGA